GAAUAUGGAUGCCUUUUAUGUCACAUUACGUAUCGCUUUGGUGUUUUUUCUCAUCCCCCCUGGAUCAUCAACUUGUCUGCCCGGCUGCUCCUGCACAGAUGAUAACUUGGGAAGGUCUUUGCUAUGUAUGGAAACCUCCAUGGGACAAAUCCCAGAGGACAUACCACAUGAUUUCUCUAAAAUCCGAAUUGAAAACUGCCACCUGACCGAGUUACCGCAAGGGUCUUUCUCUAAAGUUAGUGCCUUGGAGUUCCUCUGGCUGAAUUUCAAUGAGAUCACCCUGAUGAGCAUUAAAAGCCUCGAGGGGCUCGCCAGGCUGACGGAGCUGAGGCUACAAGGGAACAAGCUGACUUCAGUCCCGUGGACAGCAUUUCAGGACACGCCGAAACUCAAGAUUUUGGACCUGAAGCACAAUCGACUGGACGUCCUACCUGAGCACGCUCUGAGACACUUACCCGUCCUGACCUAUUUAGAUUUAUCCUUCAAUCAGCUUAGUAUCAUAUCUAAAGACGUCUUCAUCAAUUGGCCUCUGUACCAAGCAGCAGACAAAGCAUGGGGGAAAGAAGGGCUCGUCUCCAACGUGGUGUUGGCGCUGCAUGACAACCCCUGGAUGUGCGACUGUCGCCUCAAAGGCUUCGUGGAAUUCGUCCGGACGAUCAGUGCUCCCAUCAUUCUGAUGAACUCUUAUCUGACGUGCUCGGGUCCCGCCUCCAAGGCUGACAAGUUUUUCCACGAGAUCCAGUUAAAAACCUGCAUGAAGCCGGUGGCCUCUGCCCCGGAGGCUAACAUCACUUUACCUCUCGGAGCAAAUGCAACGCUCACAUGCUUAGUCAAGGCCAGACCGGGCCCAACCAUCCAGUGGAUGUACAGUCUGAAGAUUAAAAGAGGAUUUGCUGCAACUGAGACGCACAUAGAUGAAGAGACUGUCACCUCCCGGCUGGUCAUCCCCUCUCUUCACCUGGCAGACGGAGGUCUGUACACCUGCAUGGCCAACAACUUCAUCGGCAACUCCUCCGCGAGCAUCAUGGUCAACAUCCCCUCCUUCAACUCAUCCGCUCCUCAACCUCCGCCUGUGCCCAUGUUGUCGUCUGACGAAAACGCCCACAUUGACAUCCGCAUCGCCAAGCAGACGGUGUACGGUAUCACCCUCGAGUGGUAUGCAGUGACGGACAACCCGGCGGAGACCUGGUUCACCAUCCGCUUCGGCAAAUACGAUUCAGCAAAAAAGGAGACGAUCUACAUCAGCCCCGGCAUCAACAGCUACUCGGUCAGCGACCUGCUUCCUGUCACCAAAUACGAGGUGUGCGUGUCGCUGAAGAACCAUCCGCCGAGGGACGGCCAGUGCAUCGUGUUUGUGACAGGAAGUGACAUCAGUGAGCUGGAGCAAAGAGAGAGGCUCAUCCACAUUAUCGUCAUUGUGUGCGCCAUGGUGCUGGCAGUGCCGGCAGGGAUGUACGCCUGCACCACGGACGCCAGGUUCAGCUGUGGGGAGCGCUGCAUGAAUCUGUGGAAGAAGCGCAGGCGGUACGGACAGAACCUGCAGGGGACCGAAAGGCAGGGCACCUUCGACAGCCUGCAGGCGAACAGCGAGGAAGGCCUGUGCAAGGACUCCGAGGAAAAGCCGAUGAAGAGGGGGGAGGCUGAGGAAAGGCCCAAAGGAGGAAGUGCAGCUGAUCUGUACUAGAAGCAAAGUCCAGAACUGUGUAUGAAUGUGUACCUGAGAGUGUAGCUCCAGUUUGUGAAUAUCAUGUAUUGGCAUUCAAUUUCAUUCACAGAGGGACUCAUCAGAUUUUCUGGCAAACCUCAAAAGUCAGUUUACCAAAACAAAGCAGUAGGUUUUGUUAAGUCAUCUACCAGGAAUGUCAGAUGUUUUAGAAAAUCUAAAAUAACUCAGAGGUAAUGGUUAUACACGACAGACACAAGCUACAUAGAGUAGAAAGACUUCCUGUAAAUAGUUUAUAAUAAUUUAUAAUAAUUUCAAUUUCUGAUCAUUUCAAAUAUCGAUUACAAGCUCAAAAUGGAGAGGCCUUUCUUCCUUAUAAGGAGAGUUUAUUAUUAUUGUUAUUAUUAUUAUUAUGUGUGUUAAUGUGUUUGUACAGAAGGUUUGCCCUAAAAUGCAUUCGAUAUCUUUGAGUCACUUUUGUUUUCUAAUGUUUUGAUACUGACUACGGAGACAUGCACUCCUAAAGUACAAAAAAUGUAAAUAAUCAACGCUGUAUGUUUUUCAUUGUCGUUAACUUCACCAAACUGAAUUGUUGUAAAAGCUGAUUGUAUUUAAGAUUAUGCUUAUGGAUUUAUGUUGAAGAAAAUAAGCGUAUUUUGUUUACUUUUUCCUUUUUUUUUUACGUACUCCAGAUUUCCCGUCUUGUAAUGGAAUGAAACGAUGUAUGACAUGGAUUAAACGGAAGCCAAAGACGAAUGCUGAGACACUCUGGUUUUUCAGCACAAUCACCCAGAGGAUUUUCUUACAUAAGCGGUAUUUUCCCGUGCAUUUAUACAUACACUCGUAAGCAGAUUAAAGUGAUUUUCCAUCUGAAUCCUAGUCAGCAGGACAUGAUAUUUCCAUUUAAUGACACCGUCUGUACAUCCGUUGUACGGGCACGUAAACAGAGAGUGUGCGUAACAUUUGGUUUUGUCAUUAUAUUCAGGUCAUUCUGUUA